UAUUUGGUAAAGGUGGUUUUUUUGGUGUCCCUUUGGAGUUGGCACUGAGAGAUAUAUAUAUAUAUAAAGUGGCUUUCUAUCUUCUCUGUUGAUUUCCACCAUUUUCAUGGUUCCAUCUUCACACACUGGAAAAUGGAGAGUCCCAUACCCUUCUUCUUCUACUCCUCUCUCGCACUCUCACUUUUUCUUCCUUUCUCCUCUUCUCAGAUCAUGCAAGGUUUUAUAAGUUUGGAUUGCGGAGGUACAGAAAGUUUCACCGAUGAAAUUGGUCUUGAAUGGACUCCUGAUAAUAAGGUUAAUUAUGGUGAAACAAGUACUAUAUCGGUUGCGAAUGAGACACGAAAGCAAUACACGACACUACGGCACUUUCCUGCGGAUUCCAGGAAAUAUUGCUACACGCUCGAUGUUGUCAGUAGGACAAGGUACCUACUAAGGGCCAGUUUCUUGUAUGGCAACUUUGACACAAACAAUUUUUAUCCGAAAUUUGACAUCUCGGUCGGUGCUACCCACUGGUCAACAAUUGUUAUUUCUGAUGCGAAUAGUAUAGAAACGAGAGAGCUAAUAUUUUUGGCUUCAAGUUCAACUGUUAGUGUAUGUUUAUCAAAUGCAACAACUGGGCAACCAUUUAUAUCUACGCUUGAACUUCGACAAUUCAACGGUUCAAUUUAUUUUACACAAUAUGAGCAACAGUUUUACCUUAGUGUCUCUGCAAGGAUCAAUUUUGGUGCGGAGAGUGAUGCUCCAAUCAGGUAUCCUGAUGACCCUUUUGAUAGAAUUUGGGAGUCUGAUUCUGUGAAGAAAGCAAAUUAUCUUGUUGAUGUUGCUGCUGGAACUGAGAAAAUUUCUACCAAUUUGCCAAUUUUUGUUAACAGUGAAAUGCCACCAAUGAAAGUGAUGCAGACUGCCGUAGUUGGUACAGCUGGAUCUCUAACUUACCGAUUAAAUUUGGAAGGUUUUCCUGGCAAUGCUUGGGCAGUCACUUAUUUUGCAGAGAUCGAAGAUUUGCGUCCAAACGAGUCUAGAAAAUUCAGGCUUGUGCUUCCAGGCCAGGCUGAACUUAGCAAGGCUAUUGUAAAUAUCGAAGAAAAUGCUCUAGGGAAGUAUCGGCUUUAUGAACCAGGAUAUACCAAUUUAACCCUACCCUUUGUGCUUUCCUUUAAAUUUGGCAAGACAUCUGAUUCAUCCAAGGGACCUCUCGUAAAUGCUAUGGAGAUAAAUAAGUAUCUUGAGAAAAAUGAAGGUUCACCAGAUGUUGCAGCUAUUUCUGGAGUGCUUUCUCGCUACUCUUCAGCAAACUGGACACAAGAAGGAGGCGAUCCAUGUCUUCCUGUUCCAUGGUCAUGGGUCCGCUGUAGCUCAGAUCCACAACCAAGUAUAAUUUCAAUCUCGUUAUCCGGUAAAAACUUGACUGGGAAUAUUCCUUCAGAUAUUACCAAAUUGGUUGGUCUGGUUGAACUAUGGCUUGAUGGAAAUAUGUUGACUGGCCCAAUACCAGAUUUUACCGGGUGCACAGAUUUAAAGAUCAUUCAUCUCGAAAAUAAUCAGUUCACGGGCGUGCUCCCAGAUUCUUUGGCGAAUCUUCCAAGUUUGAGGGAACUAUAUGUUCAAAAUAAUAUGUUAUCUGGAACAGUGCCAUCAAAUCUUCUAAGCAAGGAUUUGGUUUUUAACUACUCUGGAAACAUUAACCUCCAUAGAGGAAGCAAAAUAAAGAGCCAUAUGUAUAUUAUUAUUGGUUCAGCAGUUGGUGCUUCUGUUCUACUUUUGGCUACUGUUAUAUCUUGCUUGGUUAUUCAUAAAGGCAAGAGAAGAUAUUAUGAGAAAGGUAGGAUUCUAAGCACAAUUAUGUAUUCCGUUGUCAGAUAUUUGAGACGAUCAAACAUGAUUUACUUGUUUGCACUCUUUAUAGACCACAUAGUUUCUGUCCCUACUCAAAGGCUAGCUUCUUGGAAGAGUGAUGAUCCUGCAGAAGCUGCUCACUGCUUCAGUUUAGCUGAAAUUGAAAGUGCUACAAACAACUUUGAGAAAAGAAUUGGUUCUGGUGGUUUUGGAAUUGUAUACUAUGGGAAACUGAAAGAAGGAAAAGAGAUAGCAGUUAAAGUUCUAAGGAAUAAUUCCUAUCAAGGCAAGCGCGAGUUCUCAAAUGAGGUGACUCUUCUAUCAAGAAUACAUCACAGAAACUUGGUACAACUUCUUGGAUAUUGCCGAGAAGAAGAGAAUAGUAUACUUGUGUACGAGUUCAUGCAUAAUGGCACUCUCAAGGAACAUCUUUAUGGCUCUUUAGAGAACGGACGGAGUAUCAAUUGGAUUAAACGCCUUGAGAUCGCAGAGGAUGCUGCCAAAGGAAUUGAAUACCUUCAUACAGGUUGUAAUCCUGUAGUUAUCCAUAGAGACUUGAAAAGCAGCAAUAUUCUUCUUGACAGGCAGAUGAAAGCCAAGGUUUCAGAUUUCGGUCUUUCCAAACUUGCUGUUGAUGGAGUCUCCCAUGUUUCAAGCAUAGUUCGCGGGACAGUAGGAUACCUGGAUCCUGAGUACUAUAUUUCCCAACAGCUAACUGACAAGAGUGAUGUUUAUAGCUUUGGCGUAAUUCUUCUAGAACUCAUAUCUGGUCAAGAAGCAAUAUCGAAUGAAAGUUUUGGUCUUCAUUGUCGAAACAUAGUCCAAUGGGCCAAAUUACACAUUGAGUGUGGAGAUAUACAAGGCAUUAUUGAUCCCUUGCUAGGUAACAAGUAUGACCUACAAUCAAUGUGGAAAAUAGCAGAGAAAGCAUUGAUGUGUGUUCAACCACAUGGUGAUAUGCGGCCAUCGAUUUCAGAAGUUUUAAAGGAGAUCCAAGAUGCAAUAUCUAUUGAGAGAGAAGCUGAAUCAUUAAGAGAAGGCAAUUCUGAUGAGGCGUCGCGAAAUUCUUUUCAUUCUUCCAUGAAUAUAGGUUCAAUGGAUCUUGGUAGAGCUGAGAGUUUCCUUUCAAUUGAUGAAUCCGUUGCACAGCCUACGGCAAGAUAGAUUUUUCUUUUCUGAUAAAAAACAGAAUAUUUUUCUAUUAUUUUUUUCUCUGAUUUUCUAUUUUUCUAGUGUGUUCAUAUUGUGUAUGUUAAUUAUAUUUAAUGUGUUAUGCAUUUCCAAAAUCAAUGUUGCUGUA